AUGGUGAAGCGUGGUUCGGUUCUAAGCAAGUUCCAAAACUUUGACGCAUAUGCAAAGACGCUUGACGACUUUCGCAUUAAGACUUAUUAUGGUGCAGCAUUGACUAUCAUAAGUACUCUUAUUAUUCUUGUAUUGCUUUGGUCGGAAUUCAACGAAUAUAGGUCGACCGAAAUUAAGCCUGAACUAGUGGUGGAUACAAGUCGAAAAGAAAAGUUGACGAUAAACAUAAACAUAACGUUUCCAAGAGUUCCAUGCUACCUCUUGAGUGUUGAUGUGAUGGAUAUUGCUGGAGAAUCUCAAAAUGACCUGACACAUGAUGUAUAUAAAACUCGGAUAGAUAGCAUGGGAAACAAAAUAUUAAUUGAAAAAGCAACAGAGAUUGGAAAUAAAACAAAAGAACCAAAAAAUAUAGUUAGUGAAACUGCACCCUCAACUAAUGAGACCUAUUGCGGAAGUUGUUACGGGGGAGAUCCCCCUGAGAGCGGAUGUUGCAAUACAUGUGAAGAAGUCCAGGAGUCAUAUAUACGUAAAGGAUGGUCUCUUAAUAAUCCAAAUGACAUUGAGCAGUGUGUGAAAGAAGGUUGGUCAAAAAAGGCAUCUGAACAAGCUAAAGAAGGUUGCAAUGUUGCUGGAAGUGUGAUGGUCAAUAAAGUUGCUGGAAAUUUUCAUCUCGCACCUGGAAAAAGUUAUCAACAAAACAAUUUCCACGUUCACGACAUACAACCUUUUUUAAGUGAUGGAACUAAUCACGAUUUUACACACAUAAUUCAUCAUCUAAGCUUUGGACCGAUGGUUGAAGGUGUGGCGAAUCCACUGGACGGAGUUAGUCAAGCGGUCUCUAGUGGUCUUCAUAUGUACACAUAUUUUGUUAAGGUCGUAUCUACGCAAUUUCAUUUUUUAAACGAAACCAGCAUUUACACCAAUCAAUAUUCCGUGACACAAUUCGGACGGGACCUGACCGGGAAAGAUAAUCAUGAUGGCCAUUCACACAAUCAAGGUGGUUUGCCUGGUGUAUUCUUCAACUACGAGAUCUCUCCAAUGCUGAUCAUAAACAGGGAGGAAAGUAAGAGUCUCACGCAUUUCUUGACUGGCGUUUGCGCUAUUGUCGGUGGUAUAUUCACCGUCGCGGGUAUAUUGGACGGGUUUAUUUAUAAUGCAGAGAAAACCUUCAAGAAAAAAGUGGAGUUGGGUAAACAUCUGUGA